AUGGUGUUAUUUGACUCUGGUGCUACACACUCAUUCAUUGCUGAGGAGUGUGUGAAAAAGUUAGGAUUGCUAACUGCUGAUUUACCAUUCGAUUUGGUGGUGACGACCCCUGCCGCAGAUCGAUUAGUUACGCGCACGGCAUGCUUGCAAUGCCCGUUGAUUUAUGAGGAUCGGAAGUUCUUUGCGAACCUCGUCUGUUUGGGGCUUAAAGAGCUCGAUGUGAUUCUGGGGAUGGACUGGUUGGCACAAUAUCACGUUCUGUUGGAUUGUGCUAAUAAGGCCGUAGUAUUUCCGGAUUCUGGCGUUACGGAUUACUUGAAUUCGUACAACUUGGGAAAGGGUUCACCAGCAUUUGUAAACUCUAUCGUAGCUGAGGCGAAGAACGACGGCGACGUACGCAACAUUUUGGUGGUGUAA